CACAAUCCAAACUACGCACGCACUCUUGCGAGUACGGAUCAAGCGAGAAUGCACACCCUUCCACGUGACGCCCUGCUGCAUGCGCUGGAGUACUUGGAACCCAUGGAGUUGCGUGCGAUGGCGCUCGUGUCGCGAUGGCACAACUCCCUCCAGCAGCAUGGAGCACUGUGGGAAGCGCUUUUUCGGCAUCGUUGGAACCACGCCAACUUCUUUAUGGAUCCAUGUAUGCGAAUACAACUGUCUCCAGCCCUGCGCGCGGCAUAUCCUCGGUCCAGCGAUGCCUUCCGAUUCCUCACCCACUGUGUCGACCGCGUGCCUUCGUUUGCCGACAUUUGCUUGACCAACACCCAUGCGACGGCUUCGACCACAAAUCACCGCAUUGAACCAGUCGCGUACGACAACGGGCAAGUCGUGACCAUGGCGUUGGCGAAGGGCGGCGUUGGCGGUAACCGAUGCGUACGCGCCAACGUUCCGUUCGAGAUGACGCCGCGCGUGGCCGUGUUCCAAACAACCGACAGGACGUGGUUUGUCGACGUCGUGUACGACGGCUACUUUGAAAUCUCUAUUGCCGACCCCAUCAACCCCAUGCGGGACGAUGCAACUUUGGACAUGUGCAUUGCCAUUGGCGUCGCGUCCCCCGAUUUUGAAGUGGUCGACCAACAACCAGGAUGGGACGACAAUUCGUACGGGUACCACAGCGACGACGGUCAUUUCUUUACCAGUGGCCAGCCACACCCGUUCGCCGCGACCUUUGGCAUGCACGAUACGAUUGGCUGCGGCAUCCAGCGCGACAUGACCACCCACGACUCGAUAUUGUACUUUACCAAGAAUGGCCAGCGGCUCGGUACGAUAUGCUGCUUACAGUUCCACGUACUUCAUCAAGAUAUACAUAUGCUACAUCGGUUCCAUUAGGCGGCACGUUUCCUUGUCUCCAUGACGAGCUGUUCCCUGUCGUGGGGAUCGAUGCAGACUACACGGUGCGACUGAACUUUGGCCACGAGCCGUUUCGCUGCCGCCCCCCGCCUUCGACCGAGGGGGACACGUCGGCGCUCGUGGCGCUACAAGCUCAGCCCUGGCCUGCUGCCCCCACGCGACCGCGAAGCAUGUGGCAGAACAUGCUGGCGGCCGUGGACGUGUUCGCCAAACGCACAACGUCGCUGAUGUACUGUAGUAACUAGUCCUUUACUCGAUGGAAGCACCACACAAUGUAUUUAUAACAAGCUAACUUAAGUUAGUAAUAAAACCCGACUACCCCAA